ACAACUGAACCUCCCACAACUACUACAUCUACAACAACUGAACCUCCUACAACAACUACAUCAACCAUUACCACUGAAUCGCCCACAACUACUACAUCUCCAACAACUGAACCUCCCACAACCACCACAUCUCUAACAACUGAAUCUCCCACAACCACCACAUCUCCAACAACUGAAUCUCCCACAACACCUACAUCACCGACCACAACUGAACCUCCCACAACUACUACAUCUACAACAACUGAACCUCCUACAACAACUACAACAACUACAUCAACCAUUACCACUGAACCUCCCACAACCACCACAUCUCUAACAACUGAAUCUCCCACAACCACCACAUCUCCAACAACUGAAUCUCCCACAACAACUACAUCACCGACCACAACUGAACCUCCCACAACUACUACAUCUACAACAACUGAACCUCCAACAACAACUACAACAACCAUUACCACUGAAUCUCCCACAACCACCACAUCUCCAACAACUGAACCUCCCACAACCACCACAUCUCCAACAACUGAAUCUCCCACAACAACUACAUCACCGACCACAACUGAACCUCCCACAACUAUUACAUCUACAACAACUGAACCUCCCACAACCACCACAUCUCUAACAACUGAAUCUCCCACAACCACCACAUCUCCAACAACUGAAUCUCCCACAACAACUGAACCUCCCACAACUACUACAUCUCCAACAACUGAACCUCCCACAACCACCACAUCUCUAACAACUGAACCUCCCACAACCACCACAUCUCCAACAACUGAAUCUCCCACAACCACCACAUCUCCAACAACUGAAUCUCCCACAACAACUACAUCACCGACCACAACUGAACCUCCCACAACUACUAUAUCUACAACAACUGAACCUCCUACAACAACUACAUCAACCAUUACCACUGAAUCUCCCACAACUACUACAUCUCCAACAACUGAACCUCCCACAACCACCACAUCUCUAACAACUGAAUCUCCCACAACCACCACCUCUCCAACAACUGAAUCUCCCACAACCACCACAUCUCCAACAACUGAAUCUCCCACAACAACUACAUCACCGACCACAACUGAACCUUCCACAACUACUACAUCUACAACAACUGAACCUCCUACAACAACUACAACCACCACAUCUCCAACAACUGAAUCUCCCACAACCACCACUUCUCCAACAACUGAACCUCCCACAACCACCACAUCUCUAACAACUGAACCUCCCACAACCACCACAUCUCCAACAACUGAAUCUCCCACAACCACCACCUCUCCAACAACUGAAUCUCCCACAACCACCACAUCUCCAACAACUGAAUCUCCCACAACAACUACAUCACCGACCACAACUGAACCUCCCACAACUACUGCAUCUCCAACAACUGGACCUCCUACAACAACUACAUCAACCAUUACCACUGAAUCUCCCACAACUACUACAUCUCCAACAACUGAACCUCCCACAACCACCAUAUCUCUAACAACUGAAUCUCCCACAACCACCACAUCUCCAACAACUGAAUCUCCCACAACCACCACAUCUCCAACAACUGAAUCUCCCACAACAACUACAUCACCGACCACAACUGAACCUCCCACAACUACUACAUCUACAACAACUGAACCUCCUACAACAACUACAUCAACCAUUAUCACUGAAUCUCCCACAACUACUACAUCUCCAACAACUGAACCUCCCACAACCACCACAUCUCUAACAACUGAAUCUCCCACAACUACCACAUCAACAACUGAAUCUCCCACAACAACUACAUCACCGACCACAACUGAACCUCCCACAACUACUACAUCUACAACAACUGAACCUCCAACAACAACUACAACAACCGUUACCACUGAAUCUCCCACAACCACCACAUCUCUAACAACUGAAUCUCCCACAACCACCACAUCUCCAACAACUGAAUCUCCCACAACAACUACAUCACCGACCACAACUGAACCUCCCACAACUACUACAUCUACAACAACUGCACCUCCUACAACAACUACAUCAACCAUUACCACUGAACCUCCCACAACCACCACAUCUCUAACAACUGAAUCUCCCACAACCACCAUAUCUCCAACAACUGAAUCUCCCACAACAACUGAACCUCCCACAACUACUACAUCUACAACAACUGAACCUCCAACAACAACUACAUCAACCAUUACCGCUGAAUCUCCCACAACUACUACAUCUCCAACAACUGAACCUCCCACAACCACCACAUCUCUAACAACUGAAUCGCCCACAACCACCACAUCUCCAACAACUGAACCUCCCACAACCACCACAUCUCCAACAACUGAAUCUCCCACAACCACCACAUCUCCAACAACUGAAUCUCCCACAACCACCACAUCUCCAACAACUGAAUCUCCCACAACAACUACAUCACCGACCACAACUGAACCUUCCACAACUACUAUAUCUACAACAACUGAACCUCCUACAACAACUACAUCAACCAUUACCACUGAAUCUCCCACAACUACUACAUCUCCAACAACUGAACCUCCCACAACCACCACAUCUCUAACAACUGAAUCUCCCACAACCACCACCUCUCCAACAACUGAAUCUCCCACAACCACCACAUCUCCAACAACUGAAUCUCCCACAACAACUACAUCACCGACCACAACUGAACCUCCCACAACUACUACAUCUACAACAACUGAACCUCCUACAACAACUACAUCAACCAUUACCACUGAAUCUCCCACAACUACUACAUCUCCAACAACUGAACCUCCCACAACCACCAUAUCUCUAACAACUGAAUCUCCCACAACCACCACAUCUCCAACAACUGAAUCUCCCACAACCACCACUUCUCCAACAACUGAACCUCCCACAACCACCACAUCUCUAACAACUGAAUCUCCCACAACCACCACAUCUCCAAUAACUGAAUCUCCCACAACAACUACAUCACCGACCACAACUGAACCUCCCACUACUAUUACAUCUACAACAACUGAACCUCCUACAACAACUACAUCAACUAUUACCACUGAACCUCCCACAACCACCACAUCUCUAACAACUGAAUCUCCCACAACCACCACAUCUCCAACAACUGAAUCUCCCACAACAACUACAUCACCGACCACAACUGAACCUCCCACAACUACUACAUCUACAACAACUGAACCUCCUACAACAACUACAUCAACCAUUACCACUGAAUCUCCCACAACUACUACAUCUCCAACAACUGAACCUCCUACAACAACUACAUCAACCAUUACCACUGAAUCUCCCACAACUACUACAUCUCCAACAACAACUACAUCACCAAUUACAACUGAACCUCCCACAACCACUAUAUCCCCAACAACUAUACCUCCCACAACAACUACAUCGCCGACUACAACUGAACCUCUUACAACUACUACAUCUCCAACAACUGAACCUCCCACAACUACUACAUCACCCACUACGACUGUACCUCCCACAACCAUCACAUCUCCAACAACUGAACCUCCCACAAUCACCACAUCUCUAACAACUGAAUCUCCCACAACAACUGCAUCACCGACCACAACUGAACCUCCCACAACUACUGCAUCUACAACAACUGAACCGCCUACAACAACUAAAUCAACCAUUACCACUGAAUCUCCCACAACUACUACAUCUACAACAACUGAACCUCCCACAACCACCACAUCUCUAACAACUGAAUCUCCCACAACCACCAAAUCUCCAACAACUGAAUCUCCCACAACAACUACAUCACUGACCACAACUGAACCUCCCACAACUACUACAUCUACAACAACUGAACCUCCUACAACAACUACAUCAACCAUUUCCACUGAAUCUCCCACAACUACUACAUCUCCAACAACUGAACCUCCCACAACAACUACAUCACCAAUUACAACUGAACCACCCACAACCACUAUAUCCCCAACAACUAUACCUCCCACAACAACUACAUCGCCGACUACAACUGAACCUCUUACAACUACUACAUCUACAACAACUGAACCUCCCACAACCACCACAUCUCUAACAACUGAAUCUCCCACAACCACCACAUCUCCAACAACUGAAUCUCCCACAACAACUACAUCACCCACUACCACUGUACCUCCCACAACCACUACAUCACCGACUACAACUGAACCUCCCACAACUACCACAUCUCCAACAACUGAACCUCCCACAACAACUACAUCACCAACUACAACUGAACCUCCCACAACUACCACAUCUCCAACAACUGAACCUCCCACAACAACUACAUCACCAACUACAACUGAACCUCCCACAACCACUACAUCACCGACUACAACAGAACCUCCCACAACCACUAUAUCUCCAACAACUGAACCUCCCACAACUACGACAUCACCAACUACAACUGAACUUCCCACAACCACUACAUCACAGACUACAACUGAACCUCCCACAACUACUACAUCUCCAACAACUGAACUUUCCUCGACAACUACAUCACUAGCUACAACUGAACCUCCCACAAUUUCUACAUCUCCAACAACUGAACUUUCCUCGACAACUACAUCACUAGCUACAACUGAAACUCCCACAACUACUACAUCUCCAACAACAACUACAUCAUCCAUUACCACUGAACCUCCUACAACUACUACAUCUCCAACAACUGAACCUCCCACAACUACGACAUCACCCACUACCACUGAACCUCCCAUAACCACUACAUCUCCAACAACUGAAUCUCUCAUAACUACUACAUCUCCAACAACCACUACAACUACUGCAGCCACCUCCACAGCUGAAACUAGAAUUGCUACAGAAACCACAUCACUUAUUAAUGUUGCUGCUCCUGAAAAAGUUGAACACCUCCUGACAGCAGAUUCAACUAAGGGGUUCACUACUAAUAGACAUCAGAAUCAACACUUGUUGAAAGCAAAGGACGAUCUUGUAGACAACUGGAGGUCCAUGAACACCAUUGCUUUCACAGGGCUUUUAGUGGUUGUCUAG